GUACCAGUCGCGCGGGAAUCUUCCACACAGAGAGAGGCCUUUUUCCUCAAUCUCGCAGACAAAGCAAAUGUGGAAUUUCCUCUAUCAGUGUUUAUUUCAUUAGAUUUUUUCCAAACAUACCAAAAAAAGGAGCAUUCUCCAUCAGCAGAGAACUACAUAAGUGUGUGUCUUUUUAACCCCUUUAUUAUUCACUUCAAUUUGCUGUGUGCUUAAUUGUUUGGUGAACAUUACAUUAUUUAGAAUCCACCCGUUAGAGAGAGAGAGAGAGAACAUUAAGUGUGUGGGCCCAUUGAGGAAAGUGCUUCAUUUGUGAAAUUGUGAAAGAUGGGAAAGGGUAAAUUAUUCUUUUCCACACGACUUCUACUUCCCACAGCAGCAACUCUGUGUCUUCUCAUUCAGUCUGUUCAUCCAGAAUCUCCACAGACCGGUGUAUUGAAUCCAUAUGUCUUGGAUCAAAUUAUUAAUCUUAUUUCAACACAAGAUGAGAGUUACGAUAUACACAGGAUAGCUCUUCGAAAUCGAUUGAGGAGCAUCCUCGAGAAAGCCAUCGAUGAGAGGGACUAUCAGAGAUUGGAUGAGAGUGCAGAUGAUGUGGACUUUUUGGCUGACAAGCGCUCAAUAAAUUCCCUCGCACGUGCUGGUUUAUUUCCAAAACGCAAUCUCGGAUCAGUGCUCCGGACAGGUGGCUUUCAGCGUACAGGUGGCGACAAUGGGGGUGGUGGUAAACGGAGUGUUGCCAGCCUCGCAAAGGCCGGGCAACUCCCAUCGAAAGAACCCGAUGCCGAAUAUGCGCCAUCAUCAGUUCAUUGGUUUGCAAACAAACGCAAUCUUGGCAGUCUUGUACGUUCUGGGAAUCUCAAUUUGUCCGGAAAGAGGAAUAUGGCAUCACUUGCACGUGGAAAUAUUUUGCCACAGACAAAACGUGAGUGGAUUGAGGAGGAACGUCGUAGUAUUGGUGCUCUAGCUAGGGAUUGGGCAUUGCCAAAUCAGAAAAACAAAGAUGAAGAAGAGGAGGAAUUAAAAGCUGAAAAGAAAAAUAUUGGAGCACUGAGAAAUUCACCCGUCCAUGGAACAAGACAAAAACGACAAGCAUCUUACACUGAUUUUGAAGACGGUCUUUUUGAAGUGCCAGAACCAGUUGUUCAGACAUCCCCACUUGACUACGAAGACAUCCUCGAAACGCUCAAUAGUUUGAAUUCAGAUGCACACUUUGAGGAUAAAAGAUAUCUCGGCUCAAUGGCACGAAAUGGAUGGCUAAGGUCCUUUGGUGGUAAGGAGAAGCGUCAUAUAAGUUCCCUGGCGCGUCUUGGUCUCCUGCGGAGUGAUCUGGAGUCUAGAUAUGGGCAAAUGCCACUACGGGGGCCACCGGAGAAACGCCAUAUUGGAGCCCUCGCUAGGUCUGGGUGGUUUUCUGCGUCCUUUAGACCCGCUAGAGGAGGUCGUUUUAGUCGAUCGGGCAGGGCGAGGUCUCAAACAGACGGAUUUUCCCUCCAACCCGACCGACUUCAGCGACCUAUCGCCAGCGCGUGUAGACGAUGUUCAAAUACUUACCUCCAACGCACCAGUUGGGCAGCACCAGGACUUCAGCAUUGGGGUACCCCACCAAGACUCACAGCCAUAUGGCGUAGAAGCACCAAUAGCAAUUCAAUCCGGAAGCCAUACUAUUGAACUGCCGCCACAACACACUAAAACAUCCCACGAUGAAAAUUCUCUAUCAGAUUUAUCUACUUAUCCCCUUAUCAAUGAGAUUGAUUCAAAUGACAUUGACUACUACACACUACCUACAUUUGAAUGUACAAAUUGUUUUCCUCCACUUCUAUUCUAAAGCAAAGACAUUCCUCUUUAACCACAUAAAAAAAAAUCAAAAAGAACUGCUUAGAACUAAUCACGGACGAUGCUGAAGAAUAUAUUAACUAAAAGAUCUAAUACACAUAGUAAUUAUUAAUUUAUUUCCUUCCUGUAUAGGUAUGUAUUUAAAUAACUAUUUAAGAUACACUCUUUGUUAUUUCUUAAGGACAAUAAGAAGGGUUUCAUUAAAAAUUAUGAAGCCCAAUAGAACAAACUGUGGGGCUUAAAUGAUUUAAUAAUUUCAAUUCAAAAUGAUUUUUUUUGCAGUAUAGUUUAGCAUGGGAAAAAAGGUGUUAAUCAUUAAAACAGAAAAUCUACAAUUCAGGAAAAAUCAGUAAUAGAGACACAGGGUGCGACAAAAUACUCUAAAUUGCUUAAUUGAGAAGGAAAAAAUUAAAUUUCUUUUCAUCUGAAGAGAUAAUAAAUAUACAUAUAAAAAUAUCUAUGCGACUUACGUUAAUGUAAAAUCAAUUUAAAAUUAGUCUAAAAAAUAUGAUUUCCUUAUCAGGGCGACGACAAAACAAUCAAAAAAUAAAUAAAAGAACGGAAAGAAUAUUGAAGAAUCAUAUCUUAUAAAAUUCAUAUCAAAAAAUGAAAUUUUAAAUCAUAUCAAUUCUACUUCUUCCUUAAGCCAAAACACAAUACAUACCUAUAUAAUUUAUUUUCAUUGUUGUUAAACUCAAUCAAAAAACUAAUCUUUUUACCUUUCUGUUCGCCUAUUUUAGAACAUUCAAAACAGAGUUCUAUAAAGAUCCAUUUGUGUGAAGAAUAUUGAAAAUAUCACAGAAAUAAUAUAAAUGUAAAAUUUCUUAAAUCAAAAACAAUCCUAAAAUCACUUUAAAAAAAAUCCAUUGAAACUUUGAGAGAAAAAAAUAUAUAUAAAAUAAUAUCUGUAUAACAUAAGACAAUAAAUAAUUCUAUUUAAAGAGUGAGGUUAAUAUACUCACUACGAAGAACACCAUCGGAAAAAAAUUAACACAUUUAUAUACCUAUACGCAAAAAAAUCAUGGACAAUAAUUGGAAAGAUAUUAAAGGAAAAAAAAAGAAAAAAAAACGAUUGAAAAAUAAAAUAAAUUUAAAAAAUAAGAAAAUAUCUCCAAAAAAAAGAACAUUUGCUGUGUUUGACAAUUCCAAUUUACAAAAUAAUGAGAGAAAAAAAAAUAUGGAAUAAUAUUAUGAAAGAGAUGUAAGACAAUACAUAUAUCUAUACAUUUUAUCAUUGUUAAAUCAUAAAAUCGUUUUUUAAAAUAAACGAUCCCUUUUAGCUUGUUAGACAAUAAACUGAAAAGUAUAUUAGACAAUAAAAAAAAAUCAAUGGAUCAUUUCUGAAUAUAUAGAAUAUUUUAUCCUUUAAAAAAACUAUGUAUUUUAAUUGUAUUAAAAGAGCAUAUUAAACAAAAUUUACGAACAAAAAAA